CCUGUCAAUUGUGUUGGUCGCUCUCUCAUUCUCUCAUUCUCUCAUUCUCUCUCUCUCUCUCUCUCUCUCUUUGGGGUUGUGUAAAAUUAUGACUCCACUUGCCUUAAUUCACUUGCUUUAUUUUGUCAGUGUCCUCCCUUCGACUUAUACCCAAAUGUCCAGCUUCACCACUCCAGCCAAAGUGUGCAUGAUUCAAAAUAGCUUCCAGCCAGGCUUUGUGGCAGAGGGCGACUAUGUUAUUGGGGGGAUCUUUCCCCUUCAUUAUAACCAGGAAAUGCCAGACCUUAACUGCACCUACAGACCACCACCAGUGAAGUGCAAUGGAUUUGAUCCCAGGGCUUUCCGCUGGGCUCAGACUAUGAGGCUGGCAGUGGAGGAGAUAAACCAGAGUCCAGAGCUCUUGCCAAAUUACACCCUCGGCUACAAAAUCUUUGAUUCGUGUGCAUAUCCAUUGACUGGCCAGAGGGCUGCUCUUGCUGUGUUGAAUGGGCUCAGUGAGGAUGACUCUCCCAUUUGCUCUGGUGCCUCUCCGCUACUCGCCGUGAUUGGGGAAUCAGGAUCGGCUCAGUCUAUUGUGGUGUCAAGAAUCCUGCAGCCAUUCGGAAUCCCCAUGAUCAGCUACUUUUCUUCAUGUGCAUGUUUGUCUGACAGAAGAAAAUAUCCCACCUUCUUCAGAGUAAUUCCUAAUGAUGAUUAUCAGGUGAAGGCCAUUGCACAGCUGCUGGUGCGCUUUAACUGGACGUGGGUGGGGUUGCUGCGAGGUGACCAUGAAUAUGGCCGCUUUGCGGUACAAGGUUUGAUGAGAGAAUUACAGGGAACCAAAGUGUGUGUCGCGUACCAAGAAAUGAUUCCUCUGCUGUACAAUCACCAGGCAGCAUUGGAGAUCAUGCAGGUGAUGCGUAGCUCUUCUGCAAAAGUGGUGGUGGUAUUUUCAGCUGAGGGGGAGAUGACUCCUUUCCUGAGAGACUACAUGACACAAAACAUCACUGGAAUCCAGUGGGUGGCCAGUGAGGCCUGGGUCACAGCCUCUGUCUUUACAGGGAGUGAGUAUUACCCGUACUUGGGAGGCACCAUCGGGUUUGGCAUAAGAAAAGGUCAGAUCUCAAGACUCGGUGACUACUUGCAGACAGUAAACCCUGAGAAGUAUCCCGACAAUGUUCUGGUGCAGGAGCUGUGGGAGGCUCUGUAUGGUUGUAGUCCUUCUCCACCCUCUGGCUCCAUGAUGACACCCUGCUCAGGGCUGGAGUCCCUGCUGGAGCAGCAUUCAGCCUACAUGAAUACAUCCAGCCCUAGGGUGGCCUAUAAUGUCUAUAAGGCUGUAUAUGCGAUUGCUCAUUCCCUGCACAACCUCCUAAUAUGUCAACCACAAAAUGGGCCUUUCGGAAACAACUCAUGUGCUCAAGAAGACAACAUACACCCCUGGCAGCUACAACACUACCUCCAGGAAGUGGCAUUUAACAUUGGCGGGGAGGAGGUAGACUUUGACCUGAAGGGUGACUCCAUACCCUAUUAUGAUAUCAUCAACUGGCAGAGGGGCACAGAAGGAAAAAUUGAGUUUGUCAAUGUGGGAUUGUUUGAUGGAACCAGGCCUGCUGGAGAGAAACUGUUGAUCCAGGAGAACAGGAUAAUUUGGGCGGGGCAUCGGAGUGAGGUGCCGGUGUCUGUAUGCAGUGCCAGCUGUCUUCCGGGGACCCGGAAGGCUGUCCGUCGUGGGGAGCCUAUCUGCUGCUUUGACUGUGUACUUUGUGACAAUGGCAAAAUUAGCAAUGAGACAAACUCAAUAGAGUGCACGUUUUGUCCUGUGGACUUCUGGUCAAACAAAGACAGAACAGCCUGCAUCCCCAAGAAGGUGGAAUACUUGACCUAUGAUUCUUUGGGUAUAGCCCUGACAGUGAUCUCUGUGGUGGGUGCCUGCCUCACUCUUGCAGUCUUUGGAGUAUUCUUCUAUCAAAGAAACACAGCCAUUGUCCGAGUGAACAACUCUGAACUCAGCUUCUUCAUCCUGUUUGCGCUCACUCUGUGUUUCCUGUGCUCGCUUGUUUUUAUCGGGAAGCCAACAUCUUGGUCCUGCAUGCUGCGCCACACUGCCUUUAGUAUCACAUUUUCACUUUGUAUCUCCUGCAUCCUUGGGAAGACUCUGGUGGUGUUGGCUGCCUUCACUGCAACUAGGCCAGGGGGCAACAUGAUGAAGUGGCUGGGGCCCAAGCAGCAGAGGGCCAUUGUCUCCCUCUGCACUCUGGUUCAGGUGGCUAUCUGCGCAGCCUGGCUCAUUGAUGCCCCCCCUUUUCCAUCCAGAAAUACACAGUAUGAACGCUCAAAGAUCAUACUGGAGUGUAGCGUAGGCUCCAGCUUGGCCUUUUGGUGCGUUCUUGGAUAUAUUGGUCUACAGGCCUGCCUGUGCUUUGUACUGGCUUUUCUGGCACGCAAGUUGCCAGGGAACUUCAAUGAGGCCAAGUUCAUCACUUUCAGCAUGCUGAUCUUCUGCGCUGUGUGGCUGGCAUUCAUCCCUGCUUAUAUCAGCUCCCCUGGAAAUUAUGCCGAUGCAGUUGAGUCCUUUGCCAUUUUGGCUUCCAGCUUUGGCUUGUUGUUCUGCCUGUUUGCCCCAAAGUGCUACAUCAUUUUACUGAAGCCAGAAAAGAAUACAAAGCAGCACCUAUUGGGGAAAGAAAAGAAGUGAUAUGCUAUAACUUAACCGAUUAAAAUGUAUAUUCAUGUUCAAUGCAGCAUUGCAUAAGUGGUUCAGUGUAAACGGAAAUAUAUAAUAACAUGGAGCUCAUCACAUUAAUGUGUAGUUUGAAGAAAUAAAAAUGUUUUAU